AUGGCGUCUCCUGGAGCCGUGACAAAUAGCAACGACGGGUUGGCGCUGGUGCUAGUACGGAGCGAAACUGAUGUGUCGCACAACUACUCCUUGCUAGAUUACUACGGAAUGGAGGGCUUUGAUGUGAAUGGAGAGGCCAGGACGAAACACGAAAACGAGGACGGUUACAUUGGAAAUGGUGAAUCCGAAGAACCGACUAUAUACCCUCAACCGGCAGAAGCAGGUGGAGAAGAGCCAAGAGAGUUGGAGGCCAGAGAGGCUCGGUUGAGCACGAAGCUGACUACGAGCCUGGCGAUCAUCGCUCAUGAACCAGUGGUGAAAAAGGUCGAUAAGGAGAAGAUCUUGCGCAGUGACUUUGACAUGUACGGGUUCAAAAAGGAGCUGACCUUUUUUGAGUCGUCCAAGGAGCAGUAUAAUAAGUGGUUUGCCGAAUACGCCGACCAGCUAGUGCAGCAGAAGAAGAAGUGGCGGGUGUUGUUGAAGAAUAAUGGACUUGGCUACUCUUCGUCAGAUUACCCGACGCGGUUCCCUCCGAAAAGCGAUAAGGCUAAAAAGCUAGUGAGGAAAGGCAUUCCUCCAGAAUGGAGAGGUGAAGCGUGGUUCUUCUAUGCUGGUGGGCCAGAUAGACUCCACAAGAACGUGGGAGUAUACGAAAAAAUUGUAAAGGACACCCUGGGCGUCGUCAAUAAAGACACCGAAGUGAUCGAACGAGAUUUAAACAGGACUUUCCCAGAUAAUAUCCACUUCAAUUCGCUGAUUUUGCAUGACACGAAAGCCGAAACCGACAUGAUCAAAGCGCUUAGAAGAGUGUUGGUUGCAUUUGCCCAUUUCCAGCCUCAGAUCGGGUACUGCCAAUCCCUCAACUUCCUUGCCGGAAUGUUACUUUUGUUCAUGAACGAGGAAAGGGCGUUCUGGAUGCUUGUCAUUUUGACCGAGCGCAUCCUUCCAAAAGUUCACUCUGCUAAUUUAGAAGGUGUUCACACCGAUCAAGGUGUUUUGAUGCUCUGUGUGAAGGAGUAUAUACCACGGCUAUGGCAGAUAAUAGGUAAGAACUUCGAAGGCGCAGUUCUUUCUGAGGAUAAGAUCCUCACCCGUUUACCCCCUGUCACCUUGGUGACUCUGUCGUGGUUCAUGUCAGUUUUUGUUGGUGUUUUACCUAUAGAGUCCGUGCUUAGAAUUUGGGACAUUCUCUGGUACGAGGGAUCCAAAACCAUAUUCCGUAUAUCCCUCACCAUAUUCCGUCUUUGUCUAGAACAUUCACAGUUUCUACAUGAAGAAAAGAAGGAGAAAGCCACUGAACUGGAACAAAUAGAGCUUUUUCAGUUUAUGCAAAGCUACCCAAAGACAAUCAUCGACCCAAACCUACUUGUGGAUAAGUGUUUCAAGAAGAUUGGUGGCUAUGGGUUCGGAUUUCUUUCGCAGGACGAGAUCAACAAAUGCCGUGAGUUCGUCGCCCAGCAGCAUAGCAAGCUCAGAAACAACGCGUUGGUAACGGCGCAAAUGAGCGACAUGGAACGAGAGGCAUUGAACAUUUCCGAGUCACACGAUAUUCACGACGUUUAUGGCUUCCACAAGUCAGUGAUGAAUGGAGUGGCAUGGAACAAGCAUCUCACAAGUAAGAUGAAAAGCAAAUUCCGAAAGCAUAAAUAA